CUCUCUCAUUAAUAACCAUAAAUAUAUACUACAUAUUACACACACUUAUAUAUAUAUAUAUAUAACAUAUAUAGUCAAUAUAAUAUACUCCGUAUAUAGUUGUAGUAUAACGUACUCUGUUUGCUCACAUCGCUCUAUUUAUUGUAAACCCAUCAUCUUAUUUGUGUCUCUUUGUUUGAUCAAGGUUCUCCAACCCCCUUCUCUCUAUAUACCUUUCUCUCUGUAUAUCUAUCUAUAUUGAUAUAUAUAUAUAUAUAUAUAUAUAUAUAUAUAUAUUGUUAUCUGGGUUAGAGAUGGCGGCUGAAGUGAGCACUCUGGUUCGGAUAAUGGAGGGGUACAAGGAAGAUCAGAAAGUGGAGGAGACGAGUGGUGGUGGCAAAUCGACGGUCCUGAUCACUCGGGACUUGCUUGGUGGAUGUUGUACGCUUGAUUCCGAAGAAUUGGACUUCGACUUGCAGGUUCCGAGUGGUUGGGAGAAGCGUCUCGACUUGAAGUCCGGAAAAGUCUAUCUACAGAGGCGCAGCUCUCCUAAUACAUCGCCCUCAUAUCCAUCAUCAGACCGGAAGCAAGUAACCAAUCAAACAGUUCCAAAACUCCAAGAUCUAAACUUCCCUCCAUCAGCAAAGCAAUCACUAAACCUCCUUGAUGAUACCAACUUAGACCUAAAGCUUGUCCCACCAUCAUCGCCGUCGUCAUCUCCAAAGUGUUUGCACUCUAAUUACCAAAGUGUUUGCACUCUUGACAAAGUUAAAUUUGCGCUCGAAAAGGCAGAGAAGGAAACAUUGAGAAAACGUUCAAUAUCAAUUUCAAAAUCUUCAUCCCCGCCUUUGAGUUCUUCAUCUUCGAUCAAAGAAACCAAAAUGGAUUAUGAGGAGAAAUCAUCGUCGUCAUCGUUUGCAGCUGGCUGCCCCAGUUGCCUACUUUAUGUGCUGAUUUCAAAGAGCAACCCUAAGUGCCCUCGAUGCAACAGAAUUGUUCCACCGCCAAUGGCAGUGAAGAGACCUCGAAUUGAUCUCAACAUAUCUAUAUGAGAAGCUGAGGAGAACCAUGAUGGUUGAAUUAAUCAUAUGAUUUUUGUAAAUGAUAGAAGAUAGUUUUGUAAGUGAAAGAAUGGAUUUUAUACAUUCUAAAGGAUUGGUGUCCUUUAUAUGAAUAGCUUACAUAAAUUUUCAUGGCU